UUAACAGAACAAUUUGUGGUGCUUGGACCAACUGAGCCCAUUGUGGCCUUACUGGGUACGGACAUCAUACUGCCCUGCCGCCUCUUCCCCUUGAUGAGUGCGGAGCACAUGGAAGUCAGGUGGUUUCGCUCCCAGUUCUCUGAAGCUGUGUUCGUGUUCCAAAAGGGGAAGGAAGAGACUGACGAACAACUGGUGGAAUACACAGGGAGGACAGAACUUAUAAGUGAAUUCAUUAGUAAGGGGAGUUUGUCUGUGAAGAUUUACAAUGUUCAAAUGUCAGACAAUGGAAAGUACCAGUGCUAUUUUAGAAAAGGAGAUGUAUACGAACAAGCGAGUCUCGAAGUGAAGGUGGCAGGUAAGCAGUUUGUUUGGAAAGACGAGCCCUUUUUGAUGGGACAGUACCAUGUGUGUCUAGGUUCUGCUCCUCACCUCCGCUUGGAAGGGCACGAGGAUGGAGGGGUUAAGUUGGCAUGCAUGGCAGACGGAUGGUUCCCACAGCCCCAGGUGCAGUGGAGAGACAAUAGGGGAGGGAAGUUAUCCUCCCUCUCUGAGACCCAGGCCCAAGAUGAAGCUGGUUUCUUCCAUGUGAAGGCGUUGAUUGUGGUCCAAGAGAGCUCUGUUAGAAAUGUAUCCUGCUCCAUCUGCAACAAGCUCCUGAGUCAGGAGAAGAUAUCAGCCAUUGACAUCCCAGAGUCCUUCUUCCCUAAGACUUCUCCGUGGAAGAAAGCCCUGAGUGGGAUUUUACCUGUGGUGGGAAUUCUCCUUGGAGUCAGUAUCUUUUUCAUCCUGAAAGAAAGGAAGAAAGUAAAGAAAUUGCUCCAGGAAAAUAAGGAGGAACAAAAAGCCAAAGGAAACAUCUUAGGGUGGCCCCUGUGCAGAGAGGAAUCUGUGGCAGGGACUCAUUCGGGAGAGGCUGGAGCCAGUCAGACAGGCGACAGCCCAGCUUCUGCUGAAGGCUCUGAAAGGCCUCUCUGUGUGGUGUUUCCUUUGGUCCUAGGUUCCUCCUGGCCCCUAAGCCACGCUUUCUCCUGGACCUGUAUUGACCUUGUGCCUCUUUCUGCAGUGAAUGUGACUCUGGAUCCAGCCUCUGCUCAUCCUGGCCUCGUUCUCUCUAGGAAUGGGAAAGACACGAAAGUGGAAAGUGCACGAACGAGUGCAGAAGAAACAUUCAGUGUCCUGGGCCGGGAGCCCAUCACCUCUGGCAGACAUUACUGGGAGGUGAAGGUGGAAAUGGAGGCUCAGAAUAAAGCCACUUGGCAUCUUGGAAUUUGUAGGGAAGGUGCAAGCAGGAGUGGGUGGGUCAGAGAGUCCCUAGAAGAGGGGUUCUGGGCCGUAGGAUGCAGUGACGGGAUAUUUUGGCCAAUAGUUAGUAAACAGUCAGUGGCUCCAUUCCUAGGGAAGCCCCCAGAGCAGAUAGGCAUAUUCCUGGAUUAUGAGGCAGGAGACGUCUCAUUUUACAACAUGACAGACGGGUCUCACAUCUACAACUUCCCCCCAGCCUCCUUCUCUGGCCCUGUGCGCCCAUACUUUAGUAUUCAGACCCUCGAUACAUCUUUCACCAUCUGCGGUGUGUCAGACAGACCUGAGAGCAUCCCUGCCCCUUCUCUGGAGACCCCAGGGACCGCCCAAGAGCAGGAAAAGUUUCUUGGUGACAAGAACAAGGCUCCGGAGGACAAAUCUACCCCAACACAAAGUCAUUCUCCACCUCAUUAUAAGCCAGUCUCCCAGCAUACCAAGUAACUGAGCUCUCCAUGUUCCCUCUUCGAUAAAUUCUCCCUAACAACCAACUUUCCCAAAGCUUAUUUCAAAGCUCUCAUUUAAUGAAAGCACCCACUGCAUAGAAAAGAGCCAGAAUCUGAACUCUGUUUUUUUCUUUUAGAAGAAGUAGAGCAGGAAUAUAUGCCAUUUGGCAUCAGUUCUAUGCAUAGGCCCUAGAAAGAGCAAGGUUUUCUUUUGUUCUUUUCCUAUUUAUUUUUCUAAAGCACAUUUCUUAUGUGUUCUAAAUACUGUUGAGAUGACCAAAAUAGAAGCCUAACUUUCAUUCUUCAUUGGAGCCUGUCGGUUACUGUGGAUUCUCAAAGACUUUGCCAAUGGUACAUGGGUCUUGGUGAUGAUGGGUCUUGAAAAGUCUAACCCAAGUGUCUUGUCUGAGGGCGAUUUUGUUCAGUAUUGAGUGAAACAUAUCAAGUAGGUUAGCCACUAGACUAAUGACUUCUUAGACACAGGCAAUCCAUAAAACAAACUAAAUGAAACGUACCUUAAACAUUGAUAAUAUUCUAUUUUUUGUAGUGUUAGUGGAGUGUUGGGAAAGGGGGUAAAGGGUAUUGAGUCUCAAUUUUUAGAUCCCCUAUAAAUAAUAAGAGAAGAUAUUUGAAAGGUGAGAUUUCCCCUUGAGGUUAGCAUGGACUAGAAUCACAUAGGAUGAGUAGGUAUGGAUAAAUUGUGAUUCAAGUAGUCCCCAUGUGCCCUGAAGUGUCAAAGAGGCCACUGCUCCAUGACUGUGCUUAAGUGGUAUGAUGAGGAAAGAAGACAAGACCCUAAUCUUGAGUUACUUGUAAUUUACCUAGGUAAAGAGAGCAAUGUCUGUUGCCUGCAGAAAAAUCAGAAAUCAAGUAUAUAUUGAUGUUUUACUUGUGUGGAGAUUUGGUACAAGAUGAUUGUAAAAAACCCCAAACUCAAAUUGUCAGUCUCUUUUAUGACUCUUUUAUAAUA